AUGGCUACCGGGAUUCGCCGUAAUCUAUCAGUUGGCAAGAUAUACGUCAUAAAGACUUUUGCCCUGAGCAAUCCGCCAAAUCAGUAUCGGGCCUGUUCUUUUGAUUUGGCUCUGGGUCUUUCGCCUUUGGCUUCUUUUCAGCCCUGUGUUUUGCCUGCUGAAAGUUUCCCACUUGAUGCUUACGAGUUUGAGGCUUUCUCUCAGUUGAAUUUGCGUGCCGAUAACCAUCGUUAUUUGACAGGUUAG